GCGGAAGCCGGAAGCGCAGUUCAGGGAGCGAUGGCAGCCGGCGGCGGGCUGAGCCGCUCGGAGCGCAAGGCGGCUGAGCGGGUCCGGAGGCUGCGGGAGGAGCAGCAGCGGGAGCGCCUCCGCCAGGUGUCGCGCAUCCUGAGGAAGGCGGCUGCAGAGCGCAGCGCGGAGGAGGGCCGGCUGCUGGCCGAGAGCGAGGAUCUGGUGACCGAGCUGCAGGGUCGGAGCCGGCGGCGAGAGGGCCUCAAGCGGCGCCAGGAGGAGGCGAGUCGCGGGCGGCGGGCGGCGGGUUGUAGGCUGUGGGCGGCGGGCGGCGGCCCGUGUGACCAGCUCUGCUCCCGUCAGGUGUGCGACGACCCAGAGGAGCUGCGGAGGAAGGUCCGGGAGCUGGCCGGCGCUGUCCGGAAUGCCAAACACCUGGUGGUCUACACCGGCGCCGGGAUCAGCACGGCAGCAGCUAUCCCAGAUUAUCGGGGCCCUAAUGGAGUAUGGACGCUGCUUCAGAAAGGACGAAGUGUGAGCACUGCCGACCUGAGUGAAGCCGAGCCUACUCUCACCCACAUGAGCAUCACCCGUUUGCAUGAGCAAAAGCUGGUGCAGCAUGUGGUGUCUCAGAACUGUGACGGGCUCCACCUGCGCAGCGGGCUGCCACGAAGUGCCAUCUCAGAGCUCCACGGCAACAUGUAUAUUGAAGUCUGCACCUCCUGCGUCCCUAACAGAGAGUAUGUGCGAGUGUUUGACGUGACAGAGCGUACUGCCCUUCACCGACACCAGACAGGCCGGACCUGCCAUAAGUGUGGGACUCAGCUUCGGGAUACCAUUGUGCACUUUGGGGAGAGGGGGACACUAGGGCAGCCUCUGAACUGGGAGGCAGCAACUGAGGCCGCUAGCAAAGCAGACACAAUCCUGUGUUUAGGGUCCAGCUUGAAGGUACUUAAGAAGUACCCCCGUCUCUGGUGCAUGGCGAAGCCUCCGAGCCGUCGGCCCAAACUCUACAUUGUGAACUUGCAGUGGACCCCGAAGGAUGACUGGGCUGCCCUGAAGCUUCAUGGGAAGUGCGAUGAUGUGAUGCAGCUCCUCAUGGGCGAACUGGGGCUGGAGAUCCCCGCCUAUAGCCGGUGGCAAGACCCCAUCUUCUCCUUGGCCACUCCGCUCCGUGCUGAUGAAGAAGACAGCCACAGUAGGAAACCGCUGUGCAGAAGCAGAGAAGAGGCCCCGCCUGGGGACCCCAGUACCCCACUUACGUCGGCUCCCCCCAUCCUAGGAGGCUGGUUUGGAAGGGGCUGUGCCAAGCGUGCAAAAAGGAAGAAAACAACAUAGCUUGGUGUUGACGAAGAAGAGUUGGCAUU